AUGAAUAAAACAAAUUAUUCAGCAGUAUUUGAAUUUGUAUUCCUGGGGCUUUCUACCUAUAGACCAGUGCAGAAUUUUCUUCUGGCCUUCUCUGUGGUGUUUUAUGUAAUUAUUGUUCUUGGGAACCUCCUUGUUGUGUUUUCAGUGAUGUUCGAUGCUCAUUUACACUCCCCGAUGUACUUCCUUUUGGGAAAUCUGUCAUUCAUUGAUAUGUGCCUUUCUACUGUUACAGUUCCUAAAAUGAUUUCUGACCUUUACUCUGGGAGAAACAUCAUUUCAUUUCAGGGUUGCAUCCUCCAGAUAUUUGCCCUUCAUGUUCUGGGUGGAUCAGAGAUGGUGCUACUCUUAGCCAUGGCCUUGGACAGAUAUGUGGCCAUAUGUAAGCCCCUCCAUUACCUGGCCAUCAUGAACCCACAGAUGUGCGUUUUGCUUCUGUCUGGUGCUUGGAUGAUUGGUCUUAUUCACUCAGUUGCUCAGUUAGCUUUUGUUGUUCAUUUGCCUUUUUGUGGUCCUAAUGAGAUAGAUAGCUUUUACUGUGAUCUUCCUUGGUUCAUCAAACUUGCCUGCACAGACACUUACAGGAUGGAAUUCAUAGUAACUGCCAACAGUGGGUUCAUUUCCAUAGGCACCUUCUUCUUCCUGAUGAUCUCCUACAUCUUCAUCCUGGUCACUGUAUGGAAACGCUCCUCGGGUGGUUUGUCCAAGGCCCUCUCCACUCUUUCAGCUCACAUCACGGUGGUGGUUUUGUUUUUUGGGCCAUGUAUCUUUGUCUAUAUUUGGCCAUUUCCCUCAGUGUCAGUGGAUAAAUUUCUUGCCAUUUUGGAUUUCAUGAUUACACCCAUUCUGAAUCCUGCCAUAUACACCUUGAGGAAUAAGGACAUGAAGACGGCAAUGAGGAGACUGGGUAAUCAAGUCCCAGGUUUGAGGAAGAUCUCUUAA